CCGAUGAGACUAGCUACAUACUACCUACUGCACGCUAAUGCACCCCAGGUUUAUCAAUCAAUCCGUAGUACGUGAGGGGUACAUCUCCCGCUGUUCUAGUCCCACAUCUCCAUGCAUUCGAGGUCGGCAACAACCUUCUUACAUCCAAACAUUACUCGUCUGCAAACCACUACCGAAUACCUCCACGAUCAACUCAAACAGCCAUGGCCACCCCAUACAUCUACACCGGCGACCCCAAAUCCCACGACCCCGCCGCCUUCAGCACCGGCAUGAGCACCACCUGUCUCUGCGGCAGCAUCCGCGUGACCAUCACCGACAGCGAGCUCUUCACGCGCAAACGCGGGCAUUUGUGCCACUGCGCCAACUGCCGCAAAGUCGCCGGCUCGUAUGUAGCGUCGAACCUGGCGAUUGAGAAAGAGAAAGUCGAGGUUGAGGACCCCAAGGCCGUGUUGAGGAGGUAUGCGGACUAUGCGACGGCGAGUGGGAAGUGUGUUACUAGGUGCUUUUGUGGAGUUUGCGGGAAUCCGAUUAUGAGCCUUGCGGAGAUUCUGCCGGAUAUGAUUAUUCUGAAGAUGGGUAUUUUCCCGAGGAUUCCGCAGCCGGAGUGUGAGAGCUUUGCGGCGCAUAGGCAGGAGUGGCAGGGGACGCAUGGGGAUAUGGUGCAGUUUGAGAUUACGCGCGGGGGGAAGAAACUCGGUGAGUAG